CUGUCCCGCUGCCAACAGCCCCCCCCCCCCCCCCCCUGCUUAGAGCAUCAGGCCGAUGGGCAACAACACGGAUAAUCGGCUGUUCGGAGGACAGGAAGUCAUUGUUGAGAUAGAGUGUGAUGGGGAAAUAAUAUGAUGUGACACGCAAAAGCCCCAACAAUGGUGCUCAAGGACAACAUGUCAAACUAAAAGAGAAGAUCCCUGAUUGAAGAUCCCAGUGUUGCAUUUCUGAAGAUCAACCCCCUGUAAAACUUGAAUACACAUAUUUUUUUCACAGGGCAGGAAUUAUACAGUACUUAAAAGAGUAGUACUUUUCUUCUCCUCCUCCUCCUCCUCCUCCAUCCAAAACGGGCAGAAAGGAGGCUGGCUUGACGACUUUAUGGGCUGGAAGUCCUGAGUCAGUUCACAGUGGCACACAUUGGUGGAGGAGCAGAGGCUGGAUGUCCACAGAAGAGGACCACAGAAAUACUGUAAUAAUCCCUGAAUGUGAUGAACAUAUAAAAGCGAUAAUCUGCAGGAUAAUCUGGAGCACAGAGGGCGGCGACACUGUUGGAAUUUGGAAUUAAUUUCAUAUUUCUAUUCAAAAGGUGUGUCAAAACCAAAAAAUGCAUCCCUGUUGUCCCCUGCUGCUGUUACUAUGCGUGGUCCAGCUGCUCUCUCCCUCCACUGCCCUGCCCUUUGAGCAGAAAGGCUUCUGGGAUUUCGCCCUGGACAGUCUGGACAGUAUUGACAUGAUGGCCAUGAUGAAGGAUGAGGAAGAAGGCUCGGCCGUCGAAGAGGUGCCCCCGCCUGAUAUGCCCGUGUGCCCCUUCGGCUGCCACUGUCGACUCAGAGUGGUCCAGUGUUCUGACCUCGGUCUGUCUGAAGUGCCGAGUAAAAUUCCUCCUGACACCAGGUUCCUGGACCUUCAGAAUAAUCACAUCACCGAGCUUCGAGAGGAUGACUUCAAGGGUCUUACCAAUUUAUAUGGAUUAUCUUUGAGGAAUAACUACAUCUCCAGAGUCCACCCCAAGGCAUUUGCCCCUCUUAAAAGCAUGCAGAAGCUCUACUUCUCCAAGAAUCUUUUGACCACUAUCCCCAAGAACCUGCCUGCCUCCUUGGUGGAGAUGAGAAUCCAUGAGAACCUCAUCAGGAAGGUGCCAGCUGGUGCCUUCUCAGGACUGGUCAAUAUGAACUGCAUAGAAAUGGGAGCAAACCCCAUCCAGAACAGUGGAUUCGAACCUGGUGCCUUCAAAGGACUCAAACUGAACUAUUUGCGUAUAUCAGACAGCAGACUGACUGGAGUACCCAAAGAUCUCCCUGAGAGCCUCCACGAGCUUCACCUUGACCACAAUGAGAUCCAGGCUGUCGAACUCGAGGACUUGAAACGCUAUAAGAACUUAUUCAGGUUGGGUCUCAGUUUUAACCACAUCCGCAACAUUGAGAGCGGAAGUCUUGCCUUUGUGCCACGGCUUAGAGAGCUGCACUUGGACAACAACCUUCUCUCCGGUGUUCCAAAGGGCCUCCCAGAAAUGAAAUACUUACAGGUCGUUUACCUCCAUUCCAACAACAUUGGCAAAGUGAAGAUGGAUGACUUCUGCCCUAAGGGAUUAGGAACAAAGCGGGCUUUCUACAAUGGCAUCAGCCUUUUCGGCAACCCUGUCAACUACUGGGAGGUGCAGCCGGCAACAUUCCGCUGUGCUAGUGACCGGAAUGCUGUCCAGUUUGGAAACUAUAAAAAAUAGAAAAAGGGGAGGGGUAGUUUGCUUGGAGAUGCGGAGCAUUAGAGGCAAAAUUAAUAAACAACUAAAUUCAUUUGAAUAGAAGAAAGGGGAUAUUAGAAUGUGUCAAGGAAAAAGUUCUUCUUUUGGAAGAACGUAUGACCCCCCCCCCCCCCCCAAAAUGGGUUCCAAAUUCAUCCAAAUUCCAAAUUCCAAUUCAUGGUAUAAUAAUUGGACAAUUGUACACACUCCAUUUUGCAACCAAUUCGAUACUACAGUAAACCUCGGAUAUAUCGGAUUCAAUUGUUCCCACUGGUUUUGUCCGAUAUAAGCGAAAUCCGUGAUAUACGUAGACCGGAAAAUGUCCGUUUUACGCAUAUAUCGGAUUCACAUCCGGUAUAUGCGUAAAUGGGAUUUUAUCCAUUAUAAAAAGGCACUUCCUUGACUAUGUUUCCAAUGUACCUGGACGCGCAGGCAACGCUGCAAACGCUGCAAAUGACGUCGUAUAGCCGCCUGUCACGAUUCGGCGAAUCGGAGCGCCACGAUGCGGCCCAUCCGAUAUAUGCGAGGGAAAUUUAAUGGAAAUGCAUUGGAACGGGACUGGAGAUUUUGUCCGAAAUAGGCAAAAUCCGUUAUAAAAAAAAAUCCGAUAUAUGCAAUGAAUUUUUAUUGGAAAUGCAUUACAGAAAAAUCGGUUCUUUUUUUAUCUGUCCGUUGUGAGCGAAUUUCCGAUAUAUCCGAGGUUUACUGUAAUUCAAGUUUAGUUUCUUUCUACUUUCUACAUCACAGAAUAUUUCGCUUGUCUGGAAGUAUAUUCCUUGAAGGGGCACACUACAUUUGCUGAGGUGUGCAAACACACACACACACACACACACAUCGGCUUUGCUUCGGUACAUUGAAAGCAUCGUGUACACUUAGUGCUGCAAACGAGAGUGACGUUUAUGCAUUGUUUUGCACAGUUAUUUCUAUUGAGCUCGACCUGCUUGAUAGUGCAAAAGCGCUUUGACCGUAGACAUGUUGCCUUGUCUCCGCUGUGUAAUCUGACAAGUAAUCUGCUGCAUGUGAAUAAAAAAAAAAAAAUUUCUAACCUGCUCAUGAAGCCAGAGAUCAACACCUUGGGUUGAAUGUCAUAUUGAUGAACCGAUAAGGAGGGGAGCAAAGAAAGAAUGAAUCAAACAACAUUUGUAUUAUUAUUAUUAUUAUUAUCAUUGUGAUGAUUUGCAUUUUACAUUUAAAUUUAAAUUCAUAUUUUAUGAUAAAUGGUGCUAUAUGUCAUUUUUUUUUUCAGUGUAAACCAUCACAGAAUCCAAGCAAUAUUAUCAACAGAAUGCAAAUAAAUUAUGUCAAAGAUGUCUAUGUGCC